AUGACCCAAGUUCCGGAACCCCAGACAUUCACUCACCGAUCUCUGUCGCCUCAUAAACGCGCAAACGAUGCUUCCCCCAAUGAAAAGUUUCCUUCUUUCGACGAAUACCGCCCAUUCGCAGUAGCAGAAAGUCCUUUGGACAUUAGUCCAGCACAAGGUCUGAACUAUGAUCUGAAAUGGCCGGCGAGGAAACCGAGCCAGCGAGGGCGUGACGGGAGAAACUUAGGAAUCUAUACACACAGAUCGAGGCGGAGCGUCAGCGAAGCAAUCAACAAAAUCCGCACUCGUCAAGGAAGCGUUAGCGAAAAUGCGCAGGAACUCGCUGAGGCCCUGAGAGCACCAGUGUCUUACAGGCUCAUUACACUCUGCAUUGUUUGGUACCUGACUUCCGCCUUGACCAACACCUCCUCCAAAUCAAUAUUGACCGCAUUACCCAAGCCAGCCACCCUGACCAUAGUCCAAUUUGCGUCGGUGUCGAUUUGGUGUAUAUUUCUGAAUAGCUUGUCUUCCCUGUUUCCACAAUUGAGACGAGCAAUUCCGGCGCUCAAGAAUGGUCUGAGGCGGCCGUCUUGGGAUGUCCUGUACACAGCAUUUCCGCUCUCGGUCUUCCAGCUUCUGGGCCAUCUACUAAGCUCAUAUGCUACCUCCAAGAUCCCGGUGUCUUUGGUGCAUACCAUCAAAGGCUUGUCUCCGUUAUUCACAGUCCUCGCUUACCGCAUCGUUUACCGCAUCCGGUACAAACGAGCGACGUACCUGGCACUUGUUCCGCUCACACUGGGAGUUAUGCUGGCCUGCUCUACGGAUUUCUCCACCAACUUCUGGGGUAUAACCGCUUCUCUGGUGGCAGCCGUUGUAUUCGUGUCACAAAACAUCUUCUCAAAGAAGCUCUUCACGGAGUCAGCCCGCGUGGAGGCCGACGGACAAACACAUCACCCCUCGAAACUGGACAAGCUCAAUCUUUUGUGCUAUUGUUCGGUCGGUGCGUUCCUACUCUCGGCGCCUGUCUGGCUAUACACAGAAGGAUUUGACUUGCUCAAAGAUUUGUGGAAGCAAGGGGCUGUUCCUCUCUCUGCGAAACAGGGCGCAUUGGAUCAUGGGGAGCUCAUACUGGAGUACAUCUUCAACGGACUCUUUCACUUUUUCCAAAACAUCAUGGCAUUUGUCCUGCUUUCAAUGUUGUCACCCGUGUCAUAUUCGGUGGCCUCGUUAAUCAAAAGAGUCUGGGUGAUUGUGGGCGCUAUUAUCUGGUUCCGAAGUCCGACCACGUCAGUGCAGGUUCUCGGAAUUGCCCUGACCUUUUUAGGCCUCUACCUCUACGAUCGUACCAGCGUAGAAGACGCUGCAGAGAGGAGAACCAGGUCGGAUCAUUUCCGUCACAGAGCGGCAUUGUUACCUGUCACUGAGGUCCAAACGCCCGGGAUCCCCGACAGCCAUGCCAUACAGGACGAUUAUGUGACCGAGAUGUCAGAGUCGCAUCCUAAGAGGGACGACAGCCGUUCUCGUCCACACGAAUCGAAUAUUCCAUCAGGGUGGCUACCUCCUGGCACUAAACAAGAGAGCACUUGGGAGGCUGGAGAUCAAGGAGAGAAAACGUAG